AUGUAUUAAUAGCAUUCUAUUAUCAUAAUUAUGAUAAACGAUUGCUUGGAAAUUUAAUUUUAGAAAUAUAUAUUAAAAAACAAAAUAUUUUGUCAUACGACACUGUAAUUGCCUAUCAAUACCUGGAAAAUCCAAAAACCCAUGUGACGUAUGUCUUUAUCUUUUAUUUUAAGGGAUCGGCCACAAACGACCAACAACUCUGUAGUAGACACGAUGUUAUGUUAUGGACAAUCUUACAAUUGUUUAUGUUAGACAGUAUACUUGUUUAAUUAUUAUUAAUUGUUUAAUUAUUAUUAAGUGUUUUUAAUUAUUAUUAAGUGUGUUUGAUUAUAAUUAUUAUUUUUUCUUAUAUAUUUUAAUAAUGGCUGAACAAACAAAAAAGGUAAGUUAUACAAUCUACUUAUUUACACUUGUUAUAAUACCGCAUCUACACUUAAUAACAUUGUUAUAUAAGUACAUUCAGUGGUGUAAAAUUUCAAGGAUUGCAACUUAUUAAUCAAUUUAAAAAGUGGUCAGUAUUUUUUAAAUAACUCUUACAAAUACCAACUUUAAAUUUUAUGAUGUGACAUAAAUGAAGUUUCCCUUAAAUGGCUUAUUGUGCUGUUCCCUGAGCACAAUGAAUAUAGUGUUGUACCAACGAAUUGGGUCACAAAAAAUGAAUUAACUCAAGUAAAUUAUUGCUACUGGCCUCCAGGCACUGUUAACAGUGAUGUUAUACAAAAAGCAGAUGAGCCGGGGUUAACCUGGAAAAUGUAUAGAGUAAAAAUUUAUGGUGGAAAUAAAACUUUUGAUAAUUUUAAUAAAGCAUGGCAUCAACAAGUUAUUAUUGAAGAUUCAUCUAAUGAAACAGGCAAUGAAGAAAAUAUGAUUCUAAGACAUAAACAAAAAGGAAAGCUUAUGUCACAAAAUGUAUUGUUUAAUGUAACUGAUGAAAGUGACAAUGACAAUGAUAACAGUUAUAAUAUAAUGGCUCAGUCAUCAUCUGCCACGUUGAAUAUUGUCAAACCUUUGUUUGUAAAAUCAAAUAGUAAUGCUCUAAUAGUUUCAAGUUUAGAAACUGAUAAUAGAAUGUCUUAUUUACUUAACCAAUCAACAUCUUCAGCCACUGAUACAUCAGUUGAACCUAUAGCAUCUUGUAGUUCAUUAACUGAAAAAGACAACUAUCAACAACUCUCUGAGUUAAUGCCUCCAGAACCCAAACAUAUUUGUUCUACAACGGACUUCUCAUUACAGUCAUCAAAUACAAUGAACACUUUAAAUCAGUCUGUUCUCCAACAAAAAAACUACGAUCCAACAAUGAACAUGAUGUUAAAUAGAAUAUUAUUAAAAGUAGAAAACAUUGAAAAAAUUUUGUCUAAACAUAAAAAUGAAAAUAAAAAUGCUCUGUUAGACAAUUCAUUUUUAUCAAAAUUCCCCAUUGAUAAUGUUGAAGGAUUUUUAUUGAUUGAAACUUGCAUUAGUAAUGAAAUUGAUUUUGUUUCAAAAUUGGAAUAUUUUAUUAGAUCAAUUGGAGGAAGGGAUGGCAAAGAACAUAUAAGAAGGUCUUUGACCAAACUUUUUACUAAUUCAUAUGCUGGUAAAUGUACGUGGACUGGUCGUGGACUGGCCGUGGAAAAAAUAUAAUUACUAAAGUAUGAG